AUGCUAGACAAAGGGGUAUCAGAUGAACCCCAAUCUUCUGCACUUGUGGUCCAGAAGCAUGUAGCUUCUGAACAGAAUAACAAGCGCGUAUGUUCUUACUGUGGCAAUCGUCACAGCUUCUUUACUUGCCGAAAGUUCAAAAAGGAGUAUCCCGAGGUUGAGUUUAAAUUCGGGAACUUCCAAAAACUGUACGGUGCAAGGAAGGGUCAAGACCAAGUGUCAGACUACUCCGCCUUUAUCGCUUACAUUGGCAAAAAGGGGGACGAUCUAAACAGUUCUGACACAUGGUUUAUUGAUAGUGGGUGCAGCAAUCAUAUUGCGAACUCGCGGUCGUUUUUCAAUUCCCUUUCUAAGUCACAUAAAGGGAAAGUACAGGAAUUUGGCAACUCAAUAGUUAUCAAGGGACGUGGGAACGGUGUCGCAUGUAAACACCGCGUUGAUAAUGUCGAUUUUGUGCCUGAAUCUCCUGCUAACUUACUAUCCGUGUCACAGAUGACCCGUCGUUCGGGUAAGAAUGUUUUAUUCACUCCAGAGGGUGCGUACCUUACUUCUUCCUCCCCUCAUCAGUUGGAUGAUGUGGAUAUUAUUGGUAAGCUUCACAAUGGUCUCUACCGGUUUAUUCCGGAAGAAAAGGUCGCCUUGUGGGCUAUGGACUGA